AUGCGCAUCACCACGGUGACCUGCCUUCCCUGCCCCUCCCCCCUUUUCCUCCUAUUGGUCCACCUGCUGCUGCGGCUCCUCCUCUCUGGACCGGAGCUCGUGGGAGCCGCCUCCUCUUGCCCCUCCCACUGCACCUGCUCCAACCAGGCCAGCCGAGUCAUCUGUACCAGGCAAAGCUUGGAUGAGGUGCCCGAGAGCAUAUCAGUCAACACGCGAUACCUCAACCUACAAGAGAACGCAAUACAGAUUAUCAAGUCGGACACUUUCAAACACUUGAGGCACCUUGAGAUCCUCCAGCUCUCAAAGAACCAGAUCCGACAGAUCGAGGUUGGUGCGUUCAAUGGCCUCCCCAACCUCAACACUCUGGAGCUCUUCGACAACCGCCUCACACUGGUGCCCUCACAUGCCUUCGAGUACCUCAGCAAGCUGCGGGAGCUGUGGCUGCGGAACAACCCCAUCGAGACACUACCUGGCUACGCCUUUCACCGCGUGCCCUCGCUCCGUCGGUUGGACCUGGGUGAGCUCAAAAAGCUGGAUUUCAUCUCAGAUGCUGCCUUCGUGGGCCUUGUCAACCUACGCUACUUGAAUCUGGGCAUGUGUGGGCUUAAGGACAUUCCAAAACUGACAGCGCUGGUGCGACUGGAGGAGCUAGAGCUGUCGGGGAACCGUCUGGAGAUCAUCCGACCUGGGUCCUUCCAGGGCCUGGUGUCUCUCCGCAAGCUGUGGCUCAUGCACUCACAUGUGUCUUUCAUUGAGCGCAAUGCCUUCGAUGACCUGAAGAACCUGGAGGAGCUCAACCUGUCUCACAACUCCCUUCACUCCUUGCCCCAUGACCUCUUCACUCCCCUUCACCAGCUGGAGAGGGUGCACCUCAACCAUAACCCCUGGGUGUGCAACUGUGAUGUGCUGUGGCUGAGUUGGUGGUUGAAAGAGACAGUUCCCAGCAACACCACGUGCUGUGCCCGUUGCCGUGCUCCUCCUGGCUUGAAGGGCAGGUAUAUUGGUGAGCUCGACCAGAGCCACUUCACCUGCUAUGCCCCCGUCAUUGUAGAGCCACCCACUGACCUCAAUGUCACCGAGGGCAUGGCUGCUGAGCUCAAGUGCCGGACUGGAACCUCCAUGACAUCUGUUAACUGGAUCACCCCUAAUGGAACCCUAAUGACCCAUGGCUCCUAUCGGGUCCGCAUAUCCGUUCUGCAUGACGGCACGCUGAAUUUCACAAAUGUCACUCUGCGAGACACGGGCCAGUACACCUGCAUGGUCACCAACUCUGCUGGCAAUACCACCGCAACUGCUGUGCUCAAUGUCACCGCUGCCGAUGUCAGUGUCAACUAUACCUACUUCACCACUGUCACUGUGGAGACGGUGGAUUCCACAGGUGAGGAAGACUCUGCCCUGACAGCCAUCAACGAGACCUUCAUCAAAGUUCACCCUGGUCCCACUCCUUCUGGCCACCUGUGGCCAGAUGGCAUCCCCACCACAGCCUCCUCACUGUCACCCAGCUGGUCCUCCCCCUCUCCAAGGGCCACCCGGCCCACCUUCACUGUGCCCAUCACUGAGCCAGGCUUCUCCGGCCUGGAGGACGUGAUGAAAACCACCAAGAUCAUCAUUGGCUGCUUUGUAGCCAUCACAUUCAUGGCAGCCGUGAUGCUGGUGGUGUUUUACAAGCUAAGGAAGCAGCACCAGCUCCACAAGCACCACGGCCCUGCCCGUGCCAUUGAAAUCAUCAAUGUGGAGGAUGAGCUUGGGGCCGGGGCAGGCGGCCGUGGUGGUGGCAUUUCGGGGGGCUCCACGAUUACCCAGAGUGGAAGUGGUGGGAUAGGUGGGGGCCAGGGCCUGAGGCUGCAUCACCCAGAGAUAGUCAACCUGCCCAACCUGGCACGAUCAGAGCACCUCAAUCACUACUACAAGGCCCAUCACUUCAACAACAAUAUGAUGGGCUUGGGCUUGAGUAUGGGUGCCAGCUCUGGUGUGGGCCUCAACAACAACAACAACCCCUCGUCCUGCUCUCAGUCCCAGAACCCGCCGAUCUCCUGCUCCCAGGGUCCAAUCUCCACCAGUGGGGGCACAAUCACGGGUGGCUCCCUGCCCUCCCCUGUGCCCCUGCCCCAGCUGGGCAUCCACAGUUCUCUGAAGGGCCUCAUGGGAAAAGGCCAGAACGAGCCACUGCUCUUCAGGAGUGGAUCAAAGGAAAAUGUGCAAGAGACUCAAAUCUGA